CACUAUCCAGAGUCUAGAAGUGAUCAGUAAAUGCAAUACUAUCUUCUAGAUAAUUAAUUUAUAGAUCUAUAUAGAUUUAUUUCUGUCUGUCUCUACACAUAGAUUAUAUAGGAAAAGCUAUUGUUGUAUUUGCUUAACCACACAAUUAUAACAAAACUGGAUCAAUGAGCUGACAAAAGUCAUUCAAAAAUUGAAAAAUAGAAGUACCGAUAGGUACAAUAACAUCUUGCUUAUAUAGGUACUGAAAAGUGCUGCUUCAAUGGAUGUUUUGAAACAAGACCUUACUACUGAGCUAAAAAAUAUGAAAAUUGAGAAGAUAGAAUGGUCUUUACACUCAGAGAUGACAGAAAACAGUUACAUGUCUCAAACUUCUGAAUUAAUUUUAGAAGAACUUACACAGAAAAGAAAUGUAAAUGUAAAUCAAGAAAUGACUUUCAACCAAGAUAUUUUGGCUAGAAACACUCCUAACAAAGAUGUACAUACUGGAAACUUGCAAGCCGAACAACAAAAUAAAACUUGCCAGCUGGUUUGUGCAGAGAAGCAAUCUUCUUUAUCAAUCUCUAAACACUAUGAAACAAAAUAUAAGUGUGACUUGUGUCAAAAACAAAUAGCUAAUAAAUAUUAUUUGAAAACUCAUUUAGAACUUCAUUGUGGAAUAAAACUGAAAACAUUUAAGUGUGACUUAUGUCAAAAACAAAUGUCAAAUAAAUAUUAUUUAAAAGCUCAUCUGGCACUACAUUGUGGAAUAAAAUUAUUUAAAUGUCUAAUUUGCCAGAAAGAAUUCAGUUAUUCCCCAUCAUUAAAACAACAUGUGAAGAUUCAUUUUGGUAAAAAAACAUUUAAGUGUGAGAUUUGUCAAAAAAAAUUUAUUCACUUUGUUAGUUUAAAAAGGCAUGAGAUAAUUCAUUCUGGUAAAAAGCCAUUUAAAUGUCAAAUUUGUAAAAAAGAAUUCCAUUGGUCCAUAAGCUUAAAAAGCCAUGAAAGGAUUCAUUCUGGUAAAAAGCUAUUUAAGUGUCAAAUUUGCCAAAAACCAUUAAGCAAUUUUGCAUAUUUAAAAAAACAUGAGAUGAAUCAUUCUGAUAAAAAGCCAUUUCAAUGUCAAAUUUGUCAUAAAGCAUUUAAUGAUUACUCAUAUUUAAAAAGCCAUGAGAUGAUUCAUUCUGGUAAAAAGUCAUUUAAGUGUCAAAUUUGUCAAAAAGGAUUCACUCAUUUCUCAUAUUUAAAGAAACAUGAGAGGAAUCAUUCUGGUCAAAAGCCAUUUCAAUGUCAAAUUUGUCGAAGAGGAUUCACUGAUUCCUCAAUUUUAAAACGGCAUGAGAUAAUUCACUCUAGUGAAAAGCCAUUUAAAUGUCAAAUUUGUCCCAAAACAUUUGCUCGUUACUCAAGUUUAAAAAGGCAUGAGAUGAUUCAUUUAGGUAAAAAAUCAUAUAAAUGUCCAAUUUGUCAAAAAGGAUUCAAUGAUUCUUCAUAUUUAAAACGACAUGAGGUAAUUCACUCUGGUGAAAAGCCAUUUAAAUGUCAAAUUUGUCAAAAAAAAUUUGCUCUGCUCUCAAGUUUAAAAAGACAUGAGAUGAUUCAUUCUGGUAAAAAAUCAUUUGAAUGUAAAAUUUGUCAAAAAGGAUUCAUUUGUUCCUCAUAUUUAAAACAGCAUGAGAGUGUUCACUCAUGUAAGAAGCCAUUUCAAUGUCAAAUUUGUCAAAAAAAAUUUGCUCGACUCUCGUGCUUAAAAAAGCAUGAUACACUUCAUUCUGGUAAACAGCCAUUAAUUGUCAAAUUUACGAAAAAGAAUUCAUUAAUUCAUGUUAUUUAAAACAGCAUGAGAUAAUUCAUUCUGGUAAAAAGUAUGAGAGGAUUCCCUCAAUUAGAAAGCCAUUUAAAUGUCAAAUUUGUUUUGGAGAAUUUGCUUGGCUCACUCAGUUAAAUAGGCAUAAGAUGAAUUUUGGUAAAUUAAUUAUUUCAGCAUAGAAUGUGUUUAAAAUGAAUACAAAAGACCAUUGAAAUAUGUGAUAGGAAUUAUGCUGAUAUUUUGGUUCUAAAUGCUAUGUCUAUGUCUUUAUCUGCUAUAAAGAAUUAAUUUAAACUCUACCGUAAAAUUAACUCAGUACUUAACUAUAAAAUUAUAUGAAUUUUUUCUUUCUGGUCUGAAACCUUUCAAAUGUCAAAUUUUCAGAAAAGAUUUGUUAAAGUGUAAAUGUUGUGAGAUGAUUUAUUCU